AUGAACAGUCCCUUCAGCGUCCGCUCCUCGCCCUCCACCAGUGCCCCGGGCCCCGGCAAGACGGCUCUGAGGAAGAAGUCUCGCACCGGUUUUGACGGCGCCGGCGAUGAGGACGACGAGACCUACCGCAAGGGCCCUCAUACUUUGAGGAAGCGUGCCAAAAUCGAUUACUCGGCCGCCGACUUUGAAGAUGAGCUGCCAGAGAUUGCCAUCCCCGCUCCUCGCACCGCCACCCGCAAGAGACGGGCGGACAGUGAAGUCGCCGACGACGAGUACUCUACGCCCGCUGCCCAGAAGCGUCGUGCCACCUCGCGAGAUUUUUCCGUCGCCAGCGGUGCCGCCGCUCGCCGUCGGACCCCGGCCCGCAGGAGCGUCGUCGAACAGCAAUCCUUCUACUCUCAGCCCUCAGACGAGGACAUUGUCAAGGACACUAUUGAGGUCGUCGGCGACUCCUCUGAUCUGGUGAGCUCCGAUGAUGCCUCGGACCACGACGAGGACGAGAACGACGUCUCGGGUCGUAUUUCCCUGCCGGAAAAACACGAGCAGCCCUCAUCGCCCAUCCAGCGCAAGACUCGAGAGGUCCAUCAGCUCGUCUCUCCCGUCGACCAGCAAAUCAUCAAGCAGCAUGACAGGCACUCGAGCCAUGCUCAAGACGGUUCAGGCGCAGUUGCCGCUUCGGACAGGGACUCUGGUCUCAUCAUUGCCCAUCCCCAACCGAUCCGCGUCAACCAGGUUACCAUUAUCAACCGCGCUGGUCCUCGCCCAGAGGCUGAGCCGGUACCUGCGCACCGCCCUGAAUUCUCAGAAGACUUUUCGUUUCAGCCAAAGAGAGAGGCCAGCUCCCCCGUGCGCCCGACCGAGAGCUUGCCGCACAGAACGGCCCUGCCGGAAGCGGCUGAGUCGGCCAUCGGGCCUGCUGUGGUUCUCGGCUCACAUGAAAACUCCGCUCCAGCCGUCGCUGAGAACCAUGAUACCGCCACCAAUCAUAACAACCAUGUAACUGUCGCACAACCUGUUGAGGCGGCACCGCAGCCUAUCUCUCAGCGAGGUGCUCAUGAAGCAAUCGUCAACGGUCAUGUCGAAGCUACCGAGUAUGACCUGCCGCCUCAUGAGCAGCCACAAAGCUCGCAACCUCCUGUUGCUGCUGCCGCUGCCGCAAUGCACGACACCAAAAAACACGAUGGUGACGUCGCUGAUUCAUUUACUACCCAGCCCGAGAAAUCCUCUUUGGCCAAAGAUGACAUGGACGUCGACGCCUCGGAAGAGUCAGAUGCGGAAGUGCAGGAUGAUAUCCCCGUUCGACCACCCAAGGUUGCGUCUCCGCAGCCCACAUCCAUUCCGAAGGCGACGAAAAAACGUUAUGCAUGGUCCCACCUUACACCCUACAUCGAUGGCGAAUAUGUCACCCACUCCAUUUAUCCUGUCACGGUAGAGGGUUCGGCACCGACUUCAAAUGCCGAUGCAGCUGAGGCUGGCGGUGACACGGAGAAUGUCGAAGACGCCGACCCAAAUGCCGAUUACAAGCAUGUCGAAGCCGAUGGAGACGAGGACGGCAAUGUGGACGCAGAUGGCGAUGUCGACGAUGUCGACCGCGACGCCGAGCACGACGAAGAUCUUGCCCCAGACAGCCAGGGCCAACAACUGUCCCAAGGCUCCGCGUACAACUCCGCGGCCCCUACUCCUGCUCUUACGCCCCGACAAGGCUCGCCCGUCCUGCCCGCUGCCAUAACUGGUACAAGCACACCGGCGCCGCUCAUGCCUAAGCAGCGCUUCCGCAAGCAGUAUAAGUUCAAGAAGGUCAGAGAUCCCGCCGAAUUUGCCGCCUACCUGAAGGACACCAAGGACCUUUCGGACGAGGAACUCUGGUAUCUCCUGGAGAAGGCCAAUGAGUGCCUCGUCGCCUAUCAAGAGGAGUACAAGAAGUGCACUAGGAUUGUGGACGACCAAGAGAAUGCCCAACGUCGUGCCGUUCAAGACGCUGCCUUUGAAAAGAAGACUGCCGACCUGAACGCCUUUGCCAAGGUGGACUCGUAUAUAGAAAAGGACUUUGAUGUGCAGGGCUCCCGAGCUACUAUCAAGGAGAAGGACGCCGGAAUCCUUGACCAGCGCUGGCAGGACAGAAUCAUGGCCAAUGCGUACGGCUUCGAAUACGACCCUCAUCCUAACAAGAUCGGGAACCAGGACCCCGGCGCGCAGAGAGAAGGCGGUGGCGAGGGAGGUCGACAGCUCCGAAGCCAGCCCCAGGCGAGCGCCAAGGCGGCCGAGGGUGACGGAGUCAUUGUCUCGGGCAAGAGAACCCGUAACCCACCAAAGCUUUUCGACGGUGUGCUGCAGGAUGACCAUCGUGCAGCAACGCCUGGAAGCAACAACAAGCCUGGUCCCAGGAGAAGAGGCAGGGCUUCUGCCGCAGACAGGGCCGCCGCGCAAGACGAUAUGGAGGAGCCAGAGCCUCAAACAACCUCGCCAGCCAAGCCCGGGCCGAGGAAGAGAGGACCGAGAGGCAGGAAGGCUGCCGUGGUGGUCUCUGAGCCUGGUACGCCUGUGCCUGAGGAGGACGCCGUCGCUCCGCCUCCCGAGCCAGAGCACACGCAACCCCCCAAGCGUAAACGUGGUCGCCAGCCAAAGUCAGCGGCCGUCGUCGUCGAAGAAACCCAGGCAGAGGAGCCGCAGAAGCCUACCCCGAAGCGUGGACGCGCAGCGAAGAGACAGAGCAACGGCCAUGUCACCACUACUACCGAAUCGACUGACGAGUCUCGCCCCACCUCAUCAUCUUCCAACGCCACGAUCUCCGAUGACGGCUCUACCUACGGACUGCGCCAGAACAAGCGGCAACGGAACUGGAAGGAAGAGGCCGGCGUUGAAGAAGAGGAGCCGGAGCCGGAACCUCAGCCAAAGAAGGCUCGCAUCAUCCGCAUCAACCGGAAACAGAGCGCACCCGAGCUCGCGCCCAAGAAGACGGCGUCGGAGAGGAUUCUCACCGAGCUCCACGACUUCUCAACCUCGUCGACUGCGCCCGACUCUCCUCGUUUGACGGUAUCCUUUAAGCUCAUAGGAAAGGACCAAUGGACCCUCAAGUCUGCAGCAUCCCCGCGCCAAACAUCGACCGACGUCAGCGAGUACAACCUUUCGACACCUCGGCCGGCGCCAGUGUCUGCGCCCACAUCGGCAAAGUCCUCCGCUCCGCCAAGCCAGGCCGGAGAGGAGAAGGAUUAUUCCACCAUGACAAAGUCGGAGAAGAUGUCGGCCUCGAUGAAGAAACGAUGGCUCAACGGCAGCAUGCAGGGUGCCGUCAACAAGAGAAAGGCGACUCUCGCCGCCAAGAAGCAAGCUGCUGCCCUCGCCGAGGCUCAAGCCGCACAAGCCGCCCAACAGAAGGCGAUGCCAUUCCAACAGAUUGGACCCUUCCCUAUGGGACCGAGCCAGUAA